AUGUCUAAUAACGUUACUGAUAAUACAAAUGAGUGGAUUAAUUGGAUUGAAGAAUCUAUUGCGAAAGAACGAAUUAAAUAUUAUGACUAUAAUCAUUUUAAUAAUAUCCAAGAAAUCGGGUUUGGAAGUUUUGGAAAAGUCUAUCGUGCAAAUUGGAAAAGUUCUCAUAGUUAUUUAGCAUUGAAAUCUUUUUUUAAUUUCAAUGUUAUGUCUAAAGAAAUUGUUAACGAACUUAAACUUCAGCGUGAAAUUGAUUUUAAUGAAAAUAUAAUUCGCUUUUAUGGCAUUGCAAUAGAAAAUCAAAGCAACGAUUCAAAAAAAUAUUUUUUAGUGAUGGAAUAUGCUAAUAAUGCUAGUGCUAUAUCAUUCUUGCACGAUGAAGGGAUUGUACAUCGUGAUUUGCACUCCAACAACGUAUUAGUUCAUAAGGAUACCGUUAAAUUGGCUGAUUUUGGAUUAUCAAAAAGGAUUGAUGAAUCAUCUAAUAUUCAAUCCAAAUUAUUUGGAAUGGUUACUUAUAUUGAUCCACAAAUAUUUAAUAGAAAAAGAGAUAGCAAUAAUCAAAUACAAUUAUAUUCAUUAAAUAAAAAGAGUGAUGUUUACAGUAUUGGCGUACUCUUAUGGGAAAUAUCUAGCGGGCGCCCACCUUUUUGUAAUGAACCAUAUGAUGCUGGUUUGGCUGUGGAAAUAUUACAUGGUCUUAGAGAGAAACCCAUCCCCAAUACACCUGAAGAUUAUAUAAAAAUAUAUACUGAUUGUUGGAAUAAUGAACCAAACAAUCGUCCAACUAUCAACCAAGUUAUUGGAAAAUUAAAUGCAAUUAUUUUAAAAGAAAAUAUCCAGUUAUCAAGUGAACAGCAGAAUAUUGUUGAAACUCCUAGAAAUAUUAAUAAUAAUUCAUUGCAUGAAGAAAUGUCCCAACUCAUUCAAAAUUUCAAUAAUAUGAAUACAGAAGAAAUGGAUACUUCAAUAUCAGAGAAUAAUUUUGACAAUAUGAUUAAUGAAAUAAUUUUCCUCCUUGAAAAUAAUAUAGAGGUAGAAAUGAGAAAAGAUGAAAUUGUUAAUUACCUUAAUAAUCAUAAUAUAACUUCAAAAGAAAUUUAUAAUUGUUUAGGAUAUUGUUACGAAAAAGGAAUUGGUACUAAUAUUAAUAAACAAAAAGCAUUUGAACUAUAUCAAAAGGCAGCAAAUUUAGGAAAUGCACGUGGAAUAUAUAAUCUGGGAUAUUGUUAUCAAGAUGGAACUGGUACUAGUAUUGACAAUCAAAAGGCAUUUGAAUUAUAUCAAAAAGCAGCAAAUUUAGGAAAUACACUUGGAAUGAGUAUUCUAGGAUAUUGUUACGAAAAAGGAAUUGGUACUAAUGUUGAUAAACAAAAGGCAUUUGAAUUAUAUCAAAAGGCUGCAAAUUUAGGAAGUACAUAUGGAAUAUUUAGUCUAGGAUAUUGUUAUCAAGAAGGAAUUGGGACCAGUAUUGAUGAACAGAAGGCAUUUGAAUUAUUUCAAAAGGUAGUUAAUUUAGGAAAUGCACGUGGAAUGAAUUAUCUAGGAUAUUGUUAUGAAAUUGGUAUUUGGACCAGUAUUGAUAAACAAAAGGCAUUUGAAUUAUAUCAAAAGGCUGCAAAUUUAGGACAUCAUAAAGCUCAAUAUAAUCUUGCUAUUAUGUAUAAAAAUGGAGAUGGAGUUAAAAAGGACAUAAAUCAAGCAAUUCAUUGGUAUACAAAAUCUGCUGAACAAGGAUUUCAACCAGCUCAAAAUCAAUUAAAUAAAUUAAUAAAUUAA